AUGACAUAUGUUUAGCCUAUUUAUGUUGAUAAUAUUCCCAAUAAAUACAUAAAGUCGGAUAGUUAUAUUAUCGUUCGUUUAGAUGUGUUUAAAGUUAAACCAUAACUCAAUACAAGACCAAAAAUACCUCCUAAAGAAAACAAUAAUAUAUGA